AGAGCGUUUGAAAACGUCGUAAGUGAAGGGAAGUCAGGGUGCAGCAGCAGCACGAUUUCUGCCAUGGAGUGAAAGGAGGAAACCUCCUCUUCGGCGUCGCCUGCAUGCAAAUGCACCCGACCGGGUAGAAUAAGGUUGGUUCACCACGCUCAGGUGGAACCGCACCAUUGACUUGGCGUGGAGCGGUGCUUAUCCUCGAACUUAAAGCAGCAAGACACCGUCGCUCAGAAUCUUCCAGAUCGCAUCCAAAGGCUCAUACAGGUGACAAGUGUGCCCAACUUCACCGCACCGGCCGUGCUGACGCGCACAGUGCGUUUGUCCAGAGGCUGCUCGCUGCGUGAGACCCCGCCGCUCCUCUUCUGACAUUUCGCAGCGCUGCCGUGCACAUGCAGACUGUGCGUGUGUGGCAGCGUGACGCAUUUGCGCCUUUAGAUUUGAUUUAUUUAUUUUUUAAGAGUCUGGAGUGUCGCGUUUUCGGACAAGUUUGGGUACCGAUCGGAAUGAUCGUCAUGUCCGCAUGGGAUAACUUGCGCGUCUCUCUGUAGAGUGACACAGAGCUCGGGUCGGUGCUGAAGUUGGUUGGGAAUAAUAAUAACAGUACGUAGCGCAGAGGACGAAAGAGGACGAAACGGCUGAAUUUAUUGCCAGCAUCGUCAUCUCCGUAAGCAUCCAAGUGAAUUCCAGCUCGUGAAAGCACAGCUGCGUAAACUUGGCCAGAUCUGGUGACAUUGUAGCCUGUGUGUGUCUGUGUGGGUUUGUGUGUGUGUGAUGAGCAGCCUGGAUGGAUAUGCGGCUCACCGAGGGAAUUUGAAAAGCAAAGGGGGAUUACUAUCGGUCCCUCUUGUGUUAUAACCUCAAAAUGGAUGCCCACGUCAGGCUUUGGAGAUGCAACUGGAUUAGCCACUCUUCCGCUGAUCUGCUUGACAUCUGAGCGGCACAAGUGUUCAAAGUUUGGAUAAUCUCAAAGGCUGACGGUGUAGAAUGCAAUCUGGAGUGAAGACGCUCUCCGCAGGUGGAGGUGCGUCACUCUGCUGCCUACUGCUCCUCUGGCUCAUCUACUCCCAUCUGCUCAGAGAGGGCCAGUUGGCGGUGGGAACCUGCGAGAUAGUGAUGCUCAACAGAGACAGCAGUGUUCCCAGGCGGACCAUCGCCAGGCAGACAGCCCGCUGCGCCUGCAGGAGAGGCCAGAUUGCCGGCACCACCAGGGCGAGGCCGGCCUGCGUAGAUGCGCGAAUUGUUCGCAGCCGUCAGUGGUGUGAGAUGGCUCCCUGCAUGGAGGGGGAGGUCUGCAGCCUCCUGUUCAACCGAUCCGGCUGGACCUGCACCAGGGGCAGUGGUCGCAUCAAGACCGUCACGCCUUUGCCCAAGGAGCCGUCGUAGGAUGCAGAGGAAAAACAGCAAGUUCAUUGACAUCUUUGUUGCUAAAGAAACCGAGGCCAGUCAUUACACCCAAGAUAUUUUGUCCGUUCACCAAUGAGGCUCCCAAAACUUACAUCGGCUCUGACCUUCAAUAAUAAAAAAUAAAAGAUAAAAUAACCCAUAACAUCUCCAGUCACCGCAGUGAGAGACCUGAAACGUCUGAAAACUCCACGAGGGCAGCAUGGUAACAACAUCAGCAUUGAACGUUCAUCACACCCAACUUCAUGGACUAAUCAUGGAACAAAAUCCCUAUGAGAAACCCCAGAACAACCAGUGGAAAUUUCACUGAAGGCCUUUCUUUUUUUUUGUCUUUUUGUCUGCCACUGCCCAAUCUGCAGGGGACAGCUCCUUGAAGAUUCUUUUUAUACCUUUGUGGCUUGAUUUAGACUUGUCACAAGGCCUUUCAAAAGUCAGCCCCUUCAUCUUCUUUACAAUCGCCGCCAUGAAGCAAUCCAAGGUUAUAUUCCAGCCAAGUUUCUUUAAUGACAGUUCAUUGCUCGAGUCGUGACUUUACAGAGGUUGAGGCAGGCCAUAUUGUCCGUUGGAUUCUAGCUUUUAACACCUUUCUCUCAUUUGGCCGGGUGAGAUUUUUACAAGGCAAUAGCCGCCAAUGUCUCUGCAUACACAUAACGGGACGGAUAUUAUGAAAUAGCAUGAAAGUCACACAAGAGAUGACAGAUGAGUUGACUGUCUUUGCUCACUGAAUGGAGAUCGUGAUGGUGAAAUGUGGACAUUUUGGAUGACUUAGCUUAUACCUUAUGUUGUUUGGUUUUUUUAUGUGGUGCCAACCUAGACUAGAAAAGUAGUUUUUGUCAAUGAACCUCACACAUCUUGUACACACAACUGGGAGCAUUUAGCAGAUGUGGACCCCUGGCUUGUUUUAAUGAUCUAUACUGUGUGUGUAUGUGUGCGUGGGCGCACGGGUGUGGGUGCAUGUUUGCAUCUGUCCGUGUGUGAAUAUGUGAGUACACGUGUGCUUGUGUGUGUAUGCUUUUCUGUAUGCGUGAGUGGGUAGGAACAUCCAGAGAUACACUGUGAAAUAAGUCAUAUCCGAUGCAUUAUUCAUACUCUUGUAUAUUUUUGGGACACGCCCAGACCAGAGCUCACCAUCUGGCAAAAAGGAAGCAUUUGGGAUUUUACAGAUGUUGGAUCUCAUUUUAAUCCUGGGUUCGCCUUUUCCUUUCUUCCUUCUUGUCUUUUCUUUAGUACAUAGAAAUAUUUAUAUUGGGGAUAAAAUAUAAUUGAAACUGAAAUUGAAACAGUAUUGUCACAUAAGUUAAAAUUCUGUAAUUAAAAUCGAUUUAUGUGUGAUUAAA